AUUGUAUACACCUGUGUCCAUGGAGGGGAUUGGAACACCUGAAUCACAUGAUAUGGAGGGGAUUGAAACACCUGAAUCACAUGAUAUGGAGGGGAUUGGAACGCCUGAAUCACAUGAUAUGGAGGGGAUUGGAACGCCUGAAUCACAUGAUAUGGAGGGGAUUGGAACGCCUGAAUCACAUGAUAUGGAGGGGAUUGGAACACCUGAAUCACAUGAUAUGGAGGGGAUUGGAACACCUGAAUCACAUGAUUGGGAGGGGAUUGGAGCACCUGAAUCACAUGAUAUGGAGUGGAUUGGAACACCUGAAUCACAUGAUAUGGAGGGGAUUGGCACACCUGAAUCACAUGAUUGGGAGGGCGGGGCUAAUACUUUUGGCCAUAUAGUGUGUAUG